UUCCUAACACGAGGAGAUUCACUUCCUAUUCCUCUGUUUUACCGUCGCCGAAAGAAGACAAAACUGCUGGAGUUUUGCUGGGUUUUUUUGUCCCUCUUAGCUCAGCUCUACAUUUCUGUUAGCUCUCCCGUCGAAUGAGAUCUACAAUGUCAAUUAGGGUUUUCUCUGUUUUCCUGGCUCUCAUUCUCUUCUCUUCAUCAUUUCUUCAAGUUGCUAGAUGUCAAUCCAACCCUGAAACAGAAGUGGUAGAAGGCACUGGAGAAGCAGGAGAUCUUGGAAUUGUUAAUGAUGAUGUCCAAGAUUUUGGCAGUGAUAGCUUUAGUCCCGCACCUGGGAUUGAGACGGUUUGUGUUUUCCCCAAAAACCCUUCUAAGGUAGUGGCAGCUGGUGAGGAAAGUGAGCUGUUAGUUGGAAUGAAAAAUGAUGGGGAUUCAAGUUUGAAUAUCAUUGCAAUCCAAGCCAGCGUUCACCUUCCUUUUGAUCACCGCUAUUUGGUUCAAAAUCUGUCUGUACAGGCUUUUAACAAUGCUACAGUUCCACCUUCUGCUCAGGCCACUUUCCCAUAUAUAUUUGCUGUCAGCAAAUUUAUGCAGCCCGGAAGCUUUGAUCUUGUUGGCACUAUUGUUUAUGAGAUAGACCAGAACCCUUUUCAAAGUACAUUCUACAAUGGCACUAUUGAAGUGACUGAGCUUGGUGGUCUUCUCAGUGUUGAAUCCGUUUUCUUGUUUUGUCUUGGAAUUGCCCUCCUUGGCCUUCUUGGAUUCUGGAUUCGUGGUCAGAUACAAAAUCUCUCAAAGAAAACUAAGAGAGCACCAAAUGCAAAGGUUGAAGUUGGAACAGCAACAACAGAUGCAUCCACGGAUGAGUGGCUUGAGGGAACUGCGUAUACUCAAUCGCUCUCCAACAAGUCGAAGAAGAAGAAGUGAAUGACUUGAACUUUCUGAUGUACGAAGCAGUAUGCUGAGGCUAGAGAUCCCCGAGUUAGACUUACGAAUAGUUCAAAACAUGAAAUAGGUUUCCGAGAAUAGAAUACAUAGACCUUCUCCACUGUUGUAGCAUGAGGGAAAACCUAUCAUCCAUAUCUUUUUAGUGCCAACUGACUUGUAGUUGGAGGUGGCAAAGACAAUUUUGUCUCAACACAUUCUCAUUUUUUUCCUUUCAAAAUGUUUAUUGUUUUUCUCGGUAGAUAGAUUUGGCCAGCUAAUGGUUUGUUCGAGUCUGGAGACUCCUUUUACCUUUGAUAAAAUCUGUAAGAGGAAAUAGAGAGAAAUCAGUGCGCAUAUUUGUCAACAGACAAGAACGUAUUACUCCUAAAGUAGAUUAAAAAUAUUGUUACGUCCA